GGUUUACCUGCAUCCUAUGAUCAGAGAUGCCCAUGGUCGGAAGAUGUCCAAAUCUCUUGGUAAUGUUAUUGAUCCGCUUGAAGUAAUAAAUGGUAUAUCACUAGAAGGCCUUCACAAACGGCUUGAGGAGGGCAAUUUAGACCCUAAAGAACUGGAGAUAGCUAAAGAAGGCCAGAAAAAGGACUUCAAGGAUGGUAUUGCUGAAUGUGGAGCUGAUGCCCUCCGGUUUGCUCUUAUCUCCUAUACAGCCCAGUCUGAUAAAAUAAACCUGGAUGUUCUAAGGGUGGUUGGAUACAGACAAUGGUGUAAUAAAUUGUGGAAUGCUAUACGUUUUGCUAUGAGUAAGCUAGGAGAUAAUUAUGCUCCUCCUGCGGCAGUUGCGGUAGAUCAAAUGCCAUCUAUCUGCAAGUGGAUACUUUCUUCCCUGAACAAAGCUGUAGCUAAAACUGUAUCAUCUCUAGAAGCAUAUAAAUUCUCAGAUGCAUCUACUGCAGUAUAUGCAUGGUGGCAGUUACAACUUUGUGAUGUAUUUAUUGAAGCUAUCAAGCCCUAUUUCUUUGACGAAUCAAAGUUCGAAUCUGAAAGAUCAGCUGCUAGGGAUGCCCUGUGGGUAUGUCUGGACACUGGUUUGCGUCUACUCCAUCCAUUUAUGCCUUUUGUUACUGAGGAACUGUGGCAACGACUUCCCCAAGCAAAGGGAACUGAGAGGAAAGAAUCAAUAAUGAUAUCAGAAUACCCUUCAGUUGUAAAUGCAUGGACCAAUGAACAAAUUGAAAGUGACAUGGAAGUUGUUAAUUCUGCAGUGAGAAAACUUAGAUCGAUUCGCCCACAAAGUGACAAGAACGAGAGACGUGCAGCUUUUGCACUUUGUGGAGCAGAUGAUAUUGCUAAACUUAUUAAAGCUUAUGAGUUUGAGAUCGUAACUCUUGCUUCUCUAUCUUCAUUAAAGGUUUUAUCCAGGGAUGAUGAUGUUCCGCGUGGGUGUGCUUUUGAUGUCGUAAAUGAAAGUCUCUCUAUGUACCUACAGCUCCAAGGAAAGCUUAAUGCUGAAGUUGAACGAGAGAAGCUCAGGAAAAUGAAAGAGGAAGUACAAAAGCGACAAGCGGACUUAACUCAAAUAGUGACUGCUGCUGGUUACAGAGACAAAGCUCCCCAGCACGUACAAGACUUGAACAUGAAGAAACUGAAUGAGUGUAUGAAGGAGCUGACAAUCAUUGAAGAAGAGGAGAUCAAGCUUGAGAGGACAAUAGCGGAACAAAAUUGAAAAAAAAAAUUGUCGAGAUUUAUAUGCGAUUUUGCUAAUUGUAAACUAGCAAACAUCUAUUGUGAAAAUUUGUAAAAGCAAUUCAUCAUGCUUUUUGCAUGU